UUAUAGAGUUACCCGGGUGGUAGUUACUAACAGUUGGAGUAAAAUCCACCCGCAGAGCGUUCUGCACUUUUGGGGAAGCCUUGCAGGCUGCUGCUCAACUCAUGUAGCUACUCGCUUUCUGCACUCCAUUCGAAAUCAAGUUAGUUGCCAGACUUUAGCCAUAGGCAGGACGAAAAACCGCCCAGUACAGUGCAGUAGCGUGUUUGUCACCAAAUUAUUGCAAAGACACAACAGUCAGCAGUUGCAGCAUUCCUACUACUAAAAUAAUGUACUAGUACUAGCUAGUCCUGUGUACAACGAUAACGUUACAAGCAGAUCAAUUAUUUUCUCCGGAUCAUUGCGUGUUGCCGUUCAGAGCGCCGGCUAGUAAUAGUAUCGAUGCGGCAGGCCUAACCCCAUUGCCAGGUGUAUCGUGGCCACCAGUUACCAGCACGGAGCAAUGUCGCUGCCGGCUGCCAGCGCCAAGCGCUCGACGGGCAAGCGAGAAGCUGGCGCGUCGCGGACGUGCACAGCGACGCAGCGCCGACUAGCACCACUGGACAUGACUUAUCGUGAAAUUCAGCGGCUUGAGCUGGCUAUAGAUAUCCUACCUCGCGGGGAAAUUCCCCGGUCCGUGGUGGCCACCAUGAACUUCCCUGAUGUGACGGACGUCAUGGGCAAGAAUCAAGACGGCGCCGGUGCAGACAGUCUCACGACGCACGUGAUCCGCCGGCCAAACCGGCAGCAGCGGCGCAAGCGACCUAAGUACGAGGACGACAGCAGCGACUCGGACACGGAAGUCGUACUCGCCGAGCGAGAGGUACGGCGCUACAAAAGCGACGUACUGAAGCUGGCCAACAACCACAUCCAGAAGAUGACCACGUUCCAGUUCUUCAUCGAAGCCGUUGUCGUCGAGCCGCUGAUGAUCACCUGGCUGGACCUCUCCUUCAACAGCAUCACCAAGAUACCAAGCUACAUUUCGCUGAUGAAGCACCUGACCAUCUUCUACCUGCACAGCAACAAGGUGCGCAACGUGCGCGGCCUGGCGCACCUGCAGUUCUGCGACAAGCUGCUGCGCUUCACCAUGCACUGCAACCCGGUGUGCGAGAAGCCGCUCUACAGAUACAAGGCCAUAGCGCUGCUGCCGCGCACGGUGACCAGCUUGGAUUUCUCCGCCGUCACCAAGUCGGAGAAGGCGGCGGCUCACACCUGGUACGAGACGGACGGCAAGCAGUACUUCUCAUCGCCGGAGCUGACCAAGCAGCUGCUGCGCGAGCACGAUGAGCGGGGCGUGUCAGGCAUGGCCACGACUACUGCCGACGACUCUGACGAGGACUUUGAGUUGGACUUUGCGAACUGAUUCCGCUGCCGGCCGUGGUAGAGCGCCUGCUUCGAUCAGGACCUUAGCCGGUGAACAUCAAAGCAUGUCGGGCGCCGCGUCAGCAUGAAACCGUAGCACCAUUCAGGCCUCCGCUAGAGUAUGUGAUAGGUACUAUGGCCGAUGUAUCUAUCCAACCCUAUCGCCAGUACUACAGCAUGCAUCUGCAUGAACUUCAAAGUGUCAAUAAGCACUCGGAUGCCGUGCAACCUGUGCUCGUGUAGACUAGCUUGUGCCAGCGGUUGCCGUGACGCUGAACAGGGAUGCAUUGCCAUUGGUCAUGUGAGUGAACUCUCCGCACUAGCUGUUGCCGUUCUCGGCGUAUACGUCUCGGGGCUGCGAGCAUAACCCGGCAGCACACACGGUAACGCCGGCAACACUGCUCUGUGCUGGCGCCAUCUUGAUUCAAGCUCGCGCCGCGUUCGCUUUACCGAGUCUGGUCUACCGUCCAUCGUUGUGCAGGCUGGUGUGCGUGCGCCUUUGCGAACGACUCGGCCUGCGCGAGUGCGCUCGUUGUGCAUGCAUGCUGGCUGCCGUGCUGCAUGACAGGCGGUGGUGAGCCUGUUCGCCGGAGGAUUCGGUCUGGUGGCACAUGUCUUGUUCUCAUGCAACGCCAUUACCUGUACAUGUAUAAUAAUUAUACGAGUCUUUCCCCUCUGCACUUUCCCCUCAAACGAAUGGAGAUGACUGUUGGUUUUGCAGUGUUUCACAGUCUUUUCUUCACAAGCUAACGUUAACCUUCCCAGACUACAUAGCCUGUCUUGACUGCUCUUGUCUUGUCUUGUCUUGUCUUCUGGAAUUGACUUCUGGACUUUGUCUUGACUGAGUGCAAGAAUUCGCUGCUCUCGCGCAUGCAGAUCUCUGCGGACAGAAUUUGUAUGCAUGCAUUGUGUCAUGCGUUAUCGAGUGUGCGUAAGUGUGUGCUUUUAUCGACACUUGAACUUUUGACAAGUUAAACAACACUGUUAUUUAGGCAAUUUUGUCUUGGCAUACAUCUAUUCUUCUCUCCAUAUUAACCCUGUUAUCUCUCCGAAGAAAACAUUUAUUGUCGAAACAUCAAUUAUUACUAUA